AUGGAGAUUAACAUCCAGAUCAAGCAUGCGCAGCCCGAAGACUUGCUGCAGGCGUUUGCAGCAUUAAGCGGAGGAGCAGCAUCCUCAACGACAGCGGCAUCUCCAACUGCAGCAUAUACCUCAGAUCAAGAGAGACCGCCAUUGAAAAGAAUUCGCAAAGAAGCCCGCACAACGACGGCUGCCACAAGGAGAUCCCCGAGCUUAUUAUUCAGUCAACAGGAGCUCCAGGCACUGCAGGCGGCGAACCCACACGGAACAACGCAAGACUCCACAGCCGAGGAUACCGAGCAGAGUGCAGUUGGAUCUGGUGCAAAGGCAAAGCGAAAAGCUCAACCAUUCUCGGCGUUCCGCAAGCAUGAGGGACGCACUAUGAGAAGCCCCGCCUAUGCCAAGACCGUCAUCUUCGUCGGGAUUGCCCGCGCUACCACCAGUACCAUUACAAACAACGGCAAGCGCAAGACCCGCCAGACCCCUGCUGGUGAAAAAGAGAGCCAUGGACUCCAGAUCUCCACGACGCAAUCCCUCACGAAGGAGCCCCAGCGACUCAAGGACUACCAGACCGCGGGCGAUAUUAAGAUCCAGAUCGCGCACUCCCAUGACAAGAUCCAGAUCUCACGCUCCCAGGACAACAUCCAGAUCGUACGCUCCCAGGACAACAUCCAGAUCUCAUUCCCCCAGGACAAUGCAGAGAUCCAGGGCAUCGGGCCUCAGCAACACAGGUACUUCGACAGCACCAAAGACACACUGUAUGAAACUCCGCGGAUGCCUUCAACCAUUACAUUCCACAAGAACCUCAAGCAGUUCAAGGUCAACUGGAAGGACAUUGAGAUUCCACAGUUUCCCAUACACGACUCCACCAAGCAGUACGUGGAUGCACUUUGCGCUGCAGCGGAGUUCAGGAUCGACCAGGGAGUUCUCUUGGAGCAUGACCUCACGUGGGACAGAGGAGGCGACCCAACUCCAGAGACAAUGAGAAGAUUCUAUUUCUUGCAAUCUUCAGACCUCACCCUGCAAAAUCCUCCUCUACCAACUCGGCAAGAAAAGAUCCUGUUCUGGUCGCAUGCAACAGAUGUGGGAGCCUUAUUCAACAUGUUGAAAGAGCGAAAUAUGCGUCCGAUGAACGCGCAUGGAGUGGCAGCUUUUGGAUGCAACAUCUUCUAUGCCCUUGGCCACGAGAUGUCCGGAUCAGACAUCGACGAGCACAACCUGACCAGGGUGAUCUUCAACACCACACGAAGCGCCAAGAACCUGGCAGGCAUCGUCGUGGGAGGCCGUGCAUGGGGAUCCCUACGCAAACAUCUUGGCGGAUCCUAUGAAACAGCUCGGGCAGCCACUGAAGAGGACGAGGUGCUCAAGGAUGCGAAUGCAAAAGCUUAUUGCGUAUCUCGCAACAGAUAUUGCUUUACAUGCAUUGCGUUCGAGCAGCUGAUGACACCGCCUUCAACAGCCAAUACGCUCAUCUCGCAGUACCAGAAAGCUGCAGGCAUUACUCCCCAAGGAAGAGCCAGACUUUCGCUCAUCUAA